GCGCACUUAGCCUCCAGUUCAUUCACUUCCGCUUCAUUUCCGUUUUACCUGUAUGGUUUGAAAAUAAUGUAGAAAAUUAAAAUUUACUAACCAUAUAACAAAGCAAAUGUGAAUAGACCUCAGGACCAACAAAGACCUCAUUAAUUAGCUGUCGUCAUGUCACAGUACUUGGCACAGCCUAGAGGCUAUGCCUCUGAGUCGGAGACAGGGAGCAUGUACGAGCUGCGGCAGUACCCCUCUUACUACUCCUCCCAAGCGUCCAUCACUCCUUAUGGUAGCCAUAAAAGUUUGUUGUCUAUGUACACCCCCUCACAGGCUUCUACAUUCCUCCCUAUUGUCCAGAAAGCCCCCAAUCCGGAGAAGAGGCCAGAUGACCAUUUCGGAAUCGCUAUGCUGUCCGUGUUCAUCAACCCAGUUUUUGGAAUAAUUGCAAUUUUUCUUUCACAAAUGUCCAAAGACUACUUCAACAGAUGUAAAUAUAUAAAGGCAUCAAAGUACGGAUCAUACGCAAAAGGCACAGCCAUGGGCGGAAUCAUUGUCAUGCUUGUCGUUCUCGUCCUGAUUGUAGCACAAGUCCUGCAUUAUCAAAUGAAAUUCUAUUAUUAGAGGCUACUGGAGUUCUUUUAUAUGAGUUCCACUCAUCCUGUAUUUGUUUUCCGGCAGUCUUUAUUUAUUUUCGUUCUGAUGUUAGAUUUAUUAGUCCAGAUGAACAAUAUUUGGAGUGAUUUUAUAAUUAAAGAGACUCAAAUAUGUACACUGUGUGGAACAUAUACCCAUAAAAAAUUUACUUUGUCACAGGUUAAGUACAAUAUACACAUGAGAAAUAUUACACAACAGUCAGCAUUUGUGAUCUGUAAUUAUCAGUUUAAAAAGGUUGUUGAAGAUUUUUCUAAACAAGAGCAUUAUAUAAUGGUUGAAAAACUUUCAUAUAGCUUUUAGUUUAUCAAGUGGUUAAGGGACAAAUAUAUACCAUGCAUUUUAGCUCGGUGUUAUUCAAAUAAGCAAUUUCCUACUGUUCAGGACCUUUUUUUUUUUUUUUUUUUUUUUAACAAGAGAAUGUUUUUUUCUCCUGGUUCAUUUAUGGAUUGAAUUAUUUUUUUUAAAUCAUACAUUUGUUUCAUACCAUUUUUAUUACACUCAUAUAUGUAAAUGUAUGCAUAAAAGUCAUGAUUUUUUACACUGUAUAUAUCAGGUGAUUAUUAUUGUUUAGAUUGUAAUUGCAUUUUGCUUGAAUGUUAUGCUGGCCAAUAUAUUUGUAAGGAAUUGAUCAAAUUUUUAUAUUUUGUCCCAUAGGCUU